ACCUCCGCCGUGGCUGACCGCGUGUGUCAACUUUACCCCUAAGUAUCUAUCGACGAUUUGACGACAGGGCUAGGCCAUCCGUGCAAUUCACGCAAGCUGCAAAAAAAACCACAAUCAAUCCUAAGCUCUGGUUCAUUCAUACGAGUAACGCACUAGUUUGGUGUAACUCGGUAUGCGCUAACGUACAGAACGCUUUGUGUCAUGACAGUGACACAAGAACGUCCACCGCCCAGUACACUGCGCAUCAGGCGAACGAUAACCGACCUCUUCCAUUCAUUGUGCCAAGAUUCGAUUUCAUCGGCGCUCUCACUCCGCCAGUAGUCGCACGUGCGCCGCAGCACGCAGCGAGACUGCAAUUCGCGAGAGGGAGUGAAAAUCUUACAAUGCAAUUCAAGUAGCAUAAAUGGAAUACAGGCUGGUAGUUCACUAAAUAAAUUCAAAUUCUAAAUUUGAAAUUUAUAAGUAAGUCCAUUUUGAUAGAUCCACGGUGACGUGAACUGUUAUUCAUUAAAAUAAACAAAUCGUAAGAGUGAUAACAGUUUUGUAACAGUGCACUAUCGAGGACUGAAUAGUGAGAAAUAAAUAGUGUAAAAUGACAUCGCGGUCCAAAGAAAAGGUAGCAGCAGCUUUUCGGAAGCUGUUUCGCUCUCCAGAGAAGCUUGACAACGAAGUAGCCGGUCCGAGUGGGUCGCCGGCCAGGCGCGGCCUAUUUCGUCGACAUAGGGACGGAGUAAGUCCAGCUGAAUCAGCUGCGAGCUUACCAUCGAGCCCUACAGCAUCCACACUCUCAAAGAAAAAAGCUGGAGGCGCCAAUGACGUACGAGAGAGGGCAGCUGCUGUGCGAACACGCAGACUUAUGAAGGAACUUAAAGAAAUACAGCGGUCACAAGAUCACAGACCAAACCCGAUAUUUACAGUGGAACUAGUUAAUGACAAUUUGUUCGAGUGGCACGUCCGGCUGCACCAGAUUGAUCCCGAGAGCGAUUUGGCGUCCGAUCUGCGGGAACUAAACAUACCUAACAUACUGCUGCAUUUGAUAUUCCCCGAAAAUUUCCCCUUUGCACCACCUUUUAUGCGGGUCAUUGAACCACGAAUAGAAAAAGGAUUUGUAAUGGAAGGUGGAGCGAUUUGCAUGGAAUUGCUGACACCACGUGGUUGGGCAUCUGCGUAUACUGUAGAAGCAGUCGUAAUGCAAUUCGCCGCAUCCGUUGUCAAGGGUCAAGGCCGGGUGGCGCGCGCGCCUCUACGAUCAUCGCGCGAGUUUUCCCGCAGGCGCGCGGAGGAGGCCUUCCGCUCGCUCGUCAAGACACACGACAAAUAUGGCUGGGUCACACCGGCACUUUCAGAUGGUUGAACGUUGACAAGGUUAUGACUAUCAGCUAUAAUGCAGAAUGGAUCUCUACUAGAUAAUAAUUAAAUGGAUUAAUAAUUGUAACAAUUUUAGUUAUAAAUAUGAUAAACUCCUUUGUAUAAAUACUAAUUUUAUUACUAUUACUUGGUACAAAGAAAAAUAUCUUGUGUACUUAGUUUUACAUUCAAGACAUGGUGGGAAUGAAGGUAGCGUUAAGCGUUUUAAAAACCGAAAUUGAAAGGAUUUCACUUUAAUAGAUGAUUAAUGUAUGUAAUCUGUAAAUAUUAUGUGCCAAAAACCUACACUACACAUGUGCUAAAAGUACUAAAAUCAUAAGUGUCACUUUUUCAAAAUUUUCGAUACCGCCUUCUAAUUCCAUUAAUGUGCUUUUUUCAUUGACACGGUAGGUUUCGUGUUUGGCAUCGCAAUUUUUAAAUUUCUUUUUACCCUAUGUAGUACAAUUGUGUACUUUUGACAAUCUUUAUAAAGUUUCAAAAUUUUAAUUAAAAUGUGUCCGUCCCAAUGUCACUUAGUUCUUAUCUAAAUUAAAAGAAAUUUGACAAAAAAUAUUUGUAGAUGUGGUAUGUAUGUAGAAGUUUUAAAUUUGUUUAAAAACUUGAAAACCUUAAAAAUGUGUGAAUUCUAUACAUACCACAUGGUAUUUUAAUAAUAAUUAUAUUAAGCCGCAAAUUUAUUCGAUGCUCAAAAUAGUAGGCUCUUGAAAUGUGUAGCAUUUUAAAAAAUUGUAAGCUUGUUGUGGCAACUUUGUAAGUGUUUAUAAGAUUUUAUUAACUAAAAUCUAAAUUGAUGUUGUGGAAUUUAGUAUACCAAAGAUGUUUAUUUUUAUGUAAAACAAUUCAGUGCAAGCUGUGUACAGAAUUACAGAUAGCUGACUAGCUAAGAUUAUAUGUACAAUGUUAUGAGUG